AUGCUCUCACGUGUUGCUGCAGUGAAGGCACCCCGCACACACAACCGUCGCCGCGUGACCGGAUCCAGCGGAAGGAGGAGGGAAGGAAGCGAGAGUGAGCCGCAGAGGCCCAACAUGUCCCGGCGUGUGUUUGCUUCCGCGGUGCUGCUUCUCUUUGUCGUGAUGAUGUGCUGCGGCAGUGGAGCUGCGACCGCUGAUGAGGCAGCGUCAGGUGAAAGGUCUCCACCAAAGACAUAUUUUGAUUGGAGAGAUGUGAAGAAAGAAGAAACAGUGGGGUCGCUUCGUGUUCCCAGUCUUGUUGAGGUGAAUGGUGAUGUAUUUGCCGUUGCUGAGGCGCAGUGCACGAAGGGAGACAGUGUAUGCGAUUUUAAUGGGAUUGCCUCGGAGCUCCUGGAGUCGGCUGGCGAACAAACAGAAGAAGAGUUGGAUAAAACUACAGUAAAGACACAAGUACUGGAUAAAUGUCCUUUUGAUGGAGGGAAUUGCCCCUCCCAAGAACGGGGUCCGGCUGUUUCUCAAAGCGAGACGAAGGUGCAUGUGAGCCGACCAACAACAGUUGUGAAGGAAAGUGCUAUUUACAUGCUUGCUGGGACAUACAGCCGGAAAGCCACAGUUGAUGCUGAGGAGGGUGGUGCCGAUGACUGGGGACUUUUGCUGGUGAAAGGGAACGUGAGUUGUGGGGGCAGUGAGAAAAGAAUUGAUUGGAAUGAUACUUACGGUCUACCGUGGGCUCUUUUUAAAAAACAACACGAAUCCUUGAAGCGGCUCAUUGGUGGCGGUAGAUCGGGUGUUCGGAUGAAGGACGGUACGCUUGUGUUUCCCGUGGAAGGCAAGAAGAAGGGGAACGUUGGCACUGAAGAGGAUGUGAAGACCGAUUCGCUGAUUAUUUACUCGAGGGACAUUGCGAGUUGGGAGGUGUCGAAGGGG